AUAUGUACAUAUGUGGAGGGACAUGAACAAGAGUGACUGUUCAGCUUCUGGGCUCCCUCUCUUUAUUUCUUUCUUUCUUGUUUUUUCCUUGAUUUCAGUGAUUUCCAGAGGAAAAAAGAGUGAUAAAAAGCUGAAACCCAGAAAGUUAAGCCUUUUCCUUUUUGGUUGGAUUUGCUGUGAAGGAAACCUGAUAUUUCUUGGGUAAUUUAUUCUAUUGAAGAACAAGCAAACAAUUUUGAAGCUUAAGUAAAGGUUAGAGGUCUGGUGCUCAAGCAAAUCAAAGCAAUAUUCACAUUUGCUUAGGUGGUUUUCAGGGCUCCUCAGUCCUCAGAACAAGGAGACAUGAGUCUCUUGUAUAGUCCUAGUUUCAAUUACCAAAAUGGAGAAUUAAGAAGGAAUCAAGAAUACAUGGAUUUGAAUCAGCAUCAUUACCAUCAAGAACAACACCAGCAGAAUUCUGGCCUAAUGCGGUAUCGCUCAGCACCAAGCUCAUUUCUUCAGAGUCUUGUCAAUGGCACCAGUAGCCAUGGGGGUGAUGGUGGGGGCGUUGAAGGUGAAGAUUACCGCUAUUUUCGAUCUUCGAGCCCUGAGAUGGAUACCAUGUUGGCAAGAUUUAUGUCAACAUGUAAUGGUUCAGGGGAUUCCAAUCCUCAGAAUUUGCAAGAAUAUGGAGAAAGACCAGCAAUGAAGCAGGAAAUAGAGGAUUCACAAAUGGUUUAUCAAAGUUUACCAAUCAAUGAUUUGACUGAUGAUGGAAAUCCUGUGAAUGUUGGAAAUUCUGUUGAUAACACUUACGGUGUUAUGAACUCGAUGGCCUUGGAGAAUUCUAUGCAGGCAUCGAAGAUGAGUACUUUGAAUGGAUCCAAUCUUGUUAGGCAAAACAGCUCUCCAGCUGUAUUUUUCUCCAACCUAGGCGUUGACAACGGCUUCACUGUAACAAAAGAUGGGGGCAGUUUUCGAGCUUGCAAUGGCUUGAACGCAGAAGCUAGCCCAUCUAUUAGUAGGUUAAGCAAUCAUCUAAACUUCCCAUCAGGGCAGAGGUUUUUGCCUCGGAUUGCUGAAAUUGGAGAGGAAAAUCCUGGUGCAAGUAGUCCUGAAGGUAACACUGGCAAGAGACAGUACAUGAAUUUUGGAAAUGACUCGUGGGAUGAUUCUUCAUCGAAUGACUUUAAACGGUUAAGAAGUAAUGAUGGGCAUGUAUUUUCUGGCUUAAAUAUGUUGGACAAUCAGAAUGGGAAUUCUGGAAACCGCUCAACCGGUUUGACUCACCACCUGAGCUUGCCUAAGACAGCUUCAGAGAUGGCAACUAUAGAGAAGUUCCUGCAAUUCCAAGGUUCUGUUCCCUGUAAGAUUCGAGCGAAAAGGGGCUGCGCUACUCAUCCUCGAAGUAUUGCAGAGAGGGUAAGAAGAACGCGAAUCAGCGAAAGAAUGAGGAAACUGCAGGAUCUUUUCCCCAACAUGGACAAGCAAACAAACACAGCAGAUAUGUUAGAUUUGGCAGUUGAAUACAUUAAAGACCUUCAAAAACAGGUUAAGAACCUGAAAGAUACAAGAGCAAAGUGCACAUGUUCAAGUAAACAGAAACUGUAUUUGAAUGCGUCUGCUUGAUUUGUUUCUGUACAUAUAGAAACUAGGAAAUGUGAAAGAUUCAGAAGAACAACCAGCUACUUGAUUCUUAAUGUACUGUAGAAGAAUAGGAGAAGAGGAGAUUGUGAUGUUACACUUUUGCUUUGAGCUAGUCUUAGUGAUGAAUCUCUUCUGGCAAGAAAAAGAAUGAAAUCAGAUCUUCCUGUACUGUAAAAUUCUUUGAAGAAGAUAGGUUGCUUUAGCACGUAUUUAUGUUGUAAUUUCUUGAAUGAAUUUCUUGAAUGAAUUUUGUGUCUUUUGGUA